CACCGUCCAUUAUAUCGUUAUUGCAAAGUCAACCACUCCAUCGUUGAGUCUGAAAGAGGAGAGGGACACGUUUACCGAGAAGGAGCUAGAAUGAACGGCAUGGUUUGGGGACUCUUUCAUCACCUGCCGUGUUUCAUGGAGUCGGACAGCAAAAGUUUCCAGCCCUGGAGAGACUACAUAGGACUGUCGGACACAAUUAAAGAGAUCCUGGGCCGGAACACCGUCACUGAGUCCCCACUGGCAGUCUCCAAAUCUCCGCACUCAGAUUCUGGUGACCUCUGUGAGGCACUGGAGUCUUUGCGCAUUAACGCAGUUUGCCAAAGUGGCGACCUCGGCGCAGACUGUGUGCCACAUCUCCCCGCUGUGUCUGCACCGCCAGGCUCUCUGGCUCAUCGGCGUCCGCCUGAUGCUCCGUGGUACACCGCAGACCUCUUUCGCGCCGCUGAGCCAGCAGACGCGGUGGAUUCAAAGCCUCUGCUGAAACCGACGGGCUCCCGGGGGCCCAAAGAGCGCAAGAAGAGCUGUCGCUUCAAAACACCGGAUCCGCCAGCUUUACCUCCGCCGCUCGAGCGCAUGUUCUGCAGUUUCUGCAAGCACAACGGGGAGUCCGAGCUGGUGUACGGAUCCCACUGGCUGAAGAACCAGGCCGGAGAUGUUCUGUGUCCCUAUCUGCGGCAGUAUGUGUGUCCUCUGUGCGGAGCCACGGGGGCCAGAGCUCACACCAAGCGCUUCUGCCCUAAGGUGGAUUUUGCAUACAGCUCCGUGUACGCCAAGUCCAGACGCUGAGCCAAGCAGCAGGUGGCCGGUACAAAUAGACACAGAAGGCUGAGUCCUCCUUUAGUUUUUCAGCUACAGUCUCAGCUGCACCUCCCUGCUGGAGUUCCUGUUGCUCCUCAUUCCCUAAAAGCUCCGUCUCUGCAGGUGGAUCUGACUCUGUGUCACCAGGCACUGUGCCUCCUUCAGCCUCACAACUCUUUACUUUUGAGCAGCCUGGAUCACACUCAGUACUGGUCCCAGCUGAGGUAGUGACAGCCAUGUGGUCUUCAGUUUCUGCCCUUGACUGGACGGAAGUUUUAACAAUUCCUCCUGCUCUGUGACACUGCUUGCUGGGAUGGAUAGUGAGGAUGAUAAGGAGGGUGAAGAUAUCUCUUCCUGAGGCACAAGACCAGCUGUGUUAUUGCAAAUCAACUCAACUCUCUCCGGUGUGUUCAGCCCGUUUUCACGCUUCUGUGUCUGUAGAAAGUGACUCCGCUCCUUCUCUGUCAGACCACACAUGCCCAUCCUUCGCUUCUUUUUGGCCGGUAACCCCACUGCUGCCUCCUUUGUGACUUCCUUGACGUCAGCCAUGUACACGUUGCUGGUUUCUUGGUUUCUUUCCAGAUUACACUGAGAGUUUUCCUUUGCACCCAGUUGCUCCUCCAGAGCAGUUGCACAGGAUCCAUCAGCCCCUUCAGAGGUUGGCAAGAGGACCUGGAGUUGGUCGGUGCAUGUUUGAAGUGGUGAUCUGUUACCUUCCUCUGCAGUUAUUUCCUCCUGGUCGUCGACAUUAUCAGUAUGUACUCUAAAGCCUUCCAGCUGAGAAUCAUUGUUGGGUCUGGUGACAGUAGUCUCUUCUUGCUCUUCAACAACAUUUCUUAAGUUAACAUUUGUUGCUUCUGCAUGUUUUUCUUCUGUGGCAGGAUCUUGUUUUGUGAUACAGGACUGUUCUUCUGCCUGAUGCUGCUGAGUAGAAAUCACAGUAGAUUCCUGCAGAGGAGACUGGUUGCACUGUAGCAUUGUGACAUCCACUGCUGUAUUACUUCCUUCUGUGUCCUGACAUACAAUAAAACGUGUCAACAAC